AUGAAAUGGGAAAAAUUUAAUGAUGUAUUAAAAAUGGAAGAAAAUACAAAUGAAAUUCCUUUAGAUUUAAGUGUGUCAUCUAAUGUUUAUAAUUCAUUGACGCAGUCAAUAAAUACUACUAUACAUACAACACCUCAUGAUAUUGGUAGUAAUAUAAAACUAAGAGAAGACAAUAAUAAUAAACAGUUGAUAGUUUGUCAACUAAAUUGUGAAUAUUCUCAAAGAAAAGAGCAUACUAAUGAUGACAGUUCAUUAAACCAUCUACAUUUAUCCUAUGAUCCCAGUAUGAAAAGAAAAAGAUCUUAUAAGCGUUUUAUGAAUAGAAAAAAUACACUUGUGACUGCUAAUGAUGAUCAUAUUAGUAAUUCAAACAAUUAUUGGAAGAGAAAGCAAUAUACCGAUGUUGAUAUGAGUAAAAAUAUAGCGCAUUUUAUUAAGUUGAAUAGACGAUCUAAUAAAUUGGAACAAUCUCCAACUGUCAAAUCAUCAUCGUUGUCAUCAUCCAUAACAACAUCCCUACCAAUAGUCAAUCAUAUUGAAUGUAGUCCACCUGGCAAACAACCAGUGACUCGAUGUAAUCAUUGUCAUGUUCUAUUUCCAUCUUUGUACGAAUUAAAUAAUCAUUUUAUCAAAGAGCAUAGUGUUAUAUUGCAAGCUGAAAUGGAGCAUACAAAAUCGUGGAAAUCACAUACAAUAGAUGACAGUUGUUUACAAAACAUGAGGAUACUAUUGAAUCGUUCAACUAAUAUGAACAUGUCUGGUUAUCCAUGUCCAAAUUGUGAUUAUGUAGCUAAAUGGCCAACAGAAUUACAAAAACAUAUUAUGGUUCAUUCAAAACAACGUCCACAUCGCUGUAUUAUAUGUGGAUUAUCAUAUAAAUGGAAAUGGGAUUUAGGCAGACAUUUUGAUAAAAGUCACAACAGAACAAUGAAUCCCUAUAAGAAAAAUGUAUUCAAUCAUAUACAAAAUCAUAAUAAUCGAUUAAAAUCUGUGAAUAAGACAAGUAUGAAAACAAAAAAGUUGUUGCCUGCUCAUGAAAAGGUAGAUGAUGUUUCAAAAUGCAAUUAUCAGUUGACUCACUCAAUGGGGAAUCCCAAAUUACUUUCAACAUCAACAUAUAUCAUAUCAAACCAACAAAUCGAAAUUUGUGAAACAUUAACACAAGAUAAGACAAUAAAACCGAUUGAUUUAACAAGUUAUACUCAAAUGGAUAUUGUUUAA